AUGGACCCCCGUACCAGUGCCCAGGACGUGAUGCGCUGUGACCUGUGUGAGACCGCUGUGGUUCAGAUGCACUGUGAUACAUGUCUUGUCAACCUGUGUAUGGCUUGUGUAGGGAUACAUAUCUCAAACGAUGAAACCAAAAACCACAAAGUUGUUAAAUUUCAAGCCAGGAAAUCAACUCUCCUUUAUCCUACAUGUAGGACUCAUGACAAAGAACGAUGUGAAAUGUUCUGUAAAAAUUGUGAUAUUCCUGUCUGCAUCAGCUGCCUUGGAUCUAAUCAACAUUUAGGUCAUGAAUUAAUCAAAGUUUUGCAAGUUGUGGGUGAAAAGAAAGAUAAGAUUGUAAAAGAAAGUAAUGAAUUCAAAGAUACAAUAUAUCCGACCUUCCAGGAAAUUGCCUUUGAUGUACAAAACAAAAUGAGUCAAUUAAAAAAGGAUUAUGGAGAUCUCUCAACAGCCAUAACAAAACAUGGAGAGGACUGGCACAGAGAAAUUGACAAACUUCUCAAGAAACUUAAAGCUGAAGUUGAUGAGACGAAAAACACACAAUUACAAACUCUACAGAAGCAGCUUGACGAAAUAAACAAGAAAAUAAAAUUCUAA